GCCCCGGUCAGGUGACCGCUGGCUGCGGCUUGUUUGCUGGUUCCGUGCUCCAGUCGCACCGUAAGCUGCGUGCCCACGGGUGGCUGAAGCGGAGAUGGCAGCCACUCUGCAGCGCAUGGAGCGGCUGUCCAGUCGGGUGGUGCGCGUCCUGGGCUGUAACCCGGGCCCCAUGACCCUGCAGGGCACCAACACCUACCUGGUAGGGACCGGCCCCAGGAGAAUCCUCAUUGACACUGGAGAACCAGCAAUUCCAGAAUAUAUCAUCUGUUUAAAGCAGGCUCUGAACGAAUUUAACACAGCAAUCCAGGAAAUCAUUGUGACUCACUGGCAUCGUGAUCAUACUGGAGGCAUAGGAGAUAUUUGUAAAAACAUUGAAAAUGACACUCCGUAUUGCAUUAAAAAACUCCCACGGAAUCCUCAGAGAGAAGAAAUUAUCGGAGAUGGAGAGCAACAAUAUAUUUAUCUAAAAGAUGGAGAUUUGGUUAAGACUGAGGGUGCCACUCUAAGAGUUAUAUACACACCUGGCCACACUGAUGAUCAUAUGGCUCUACUGUUAGAGGAGGAAAAUGCUCUCUUUUCUGGAGAUUGCAUCCUAGGGGAAGGAACAACUGUAUUUGAAGACCUCUAUGAUUAUAUGAACUCCCUAAAAAAGUUACUGAAAAUCAAAGCUGGUAUUAUAUAUCCAGGACAUGGCCCCGUAAUCCAUAAUGCUGAAGCUAAAAUUCAACAAUACAUUUCUCACAGAAAUAUUCGAGAACAGCAGAUUCUUCAAGUAUUUCAUGAAAAUUCUGAUAAAUCAUUUACAGCAAUGGAGCUUGUAAAAAUUAUUUACAAGAAUACUCCUGAGAAUUUACAUAUCGUGGCUGAACGUAAUCUCUUGCUUCAUUUGAAAAAAUUAGAAAAAGACGGAAUGAUAUUUAGCAACAUGGAUCCUGACAAGAAAUGGAAAGCUCAGCUUUAGUUUCAUAUUAGUGAAAAUUCUGUUGUUUUGUUUUUAGAGAAUGGUAUGUUUUCUUAACUAUUAAUUAUUUAUGGAGAUUAUAGAGUAUAUAACAUUUAAAAUAACUCUGGUUAUACUUUAAAAUGAUGUCAUGUUUUCAAAUAUAUAAAUUAUACUUUACAUCUAUGAUAUAGAAUAUUUAACCUAGAUCAUGUAACAUUUUACCAAAAAUUCAGGAACCAAUAGUUUAUCCACUUACAAUUGAUUAAGUAAAAUGAUUACUUUAAAAAUAAUAAAACUUAUAUAAUUUAAACUGGAUAUUAUUCUUGAAGAUUGGUUACCUAUUACCCGUGGCCAGUGGCACUAUGUUCUCUAGCUGCUUUAGUAAUUUCUAUGUAACCCUUCCUUUUCUGCAACCCUUGUCUAUAUCUUCAGAUGAUAGGUUUGUUUUCAUGUUUCUAUCGAUUAUAUCAUGAUUAUGUAUUCUGUAGUCCUUUAUCAUGUUUACUUUCUUAUAAUGAUACUAGAGGCCCAAUGCACGAAAGCUGAGCAAGGGGCCCAGCCCUCGCAGCCGCAGCAGCCUGCCUUGGACCUCGCAGCCCCAGCUUCGUCUGGAAGGUCGUCCGGCUGUCCAGUCUAAUUAGCAUAUUAUGCUUUUAUUAUUAUAGAUUCCACAAGUGAUUUAUGUAUAUCUACUUUGGGUAAUUAAAAAAUAUUAUAUUCCCAGUUAAAACCAUUAUAUAAUAAUUAUUUUUGUAAUCCAUGAAUAUAACCAACUUACUUUCCUAGUUUAGGGUUUAGUAUAGAAAUAGUCAUAAACAUAUACAGUAUAUGAAUUAUAUACCAAUUCUUUUAUUGAUUAAGGUAUUACAUGUGUGUCCUUAUACCCCCUUGCCUCCCCCCACACACACACUCAUCACCUCACCCCCCUGGUGUCUGUUCCUUUUUAUAGCAGCAUAGUAUUCCACUUACACCAAUUUUUUUUAAUUAGAGGAUUAUAAGACAAUGCAUUUUUAUAUAAGUAAUGUUCUUAAAUAGUGGUUAGGUUCUCAGUGUGGCCACCAAUGCUUAUUUAACCCACAAGGUUAUCAAACCACAUUACUAAAAUGAGCUCAAAAUCCUGAAAAUGUAUUUUCUGUACUCUUUCCUAAGAUAAAACUUUUAAUAUUUUUUAACUCCCUCUUUCUGCUCUUUUCCCCAAGACCCUAGCAUUUUCAUACUAUUCUGAAUACCUACUCUCAUGCCCUAGAGCAGUGAUGGCGAACCUUUUGAGCUCGGCGUGUCAGCAUUUUGAAAAACCCUAACUUAACUCUGGUUCCGUGUCACAUAUAGAAAUUUUUUGAUAUUUGCAACCAUAGUAAAACAAAGACUUAUUUUUUUGAUAUUUAUUUUAUAUAUUUAAAUGCCAUUUAACAAAGAAAAAUCAACCAAAAAAAUGAGUUUGCGUGUCACCUUUGACAUGCAUGUCAUAGGUUCACCAUCACUGCCCUAGAGACUGUUGAGUUCCUGAAACCUUCCCAUAUUAUGAAGUAAUUGUGAACUCAACAACAAAAAACAAGCUACCCAAUUCAAAAUUGGGCAAAGGACUUGAAUAGAAACUUCUCCAAAGAAGGUAUACAAAUGGCCAAUAAACACAUGCAAAGUUGUUCAGCAUUACUAAUCAUUAGGGAAAUGCAAAUUAAAACCACAAUGAGGUGCCACUUCAUGCCCAUUAGGAUGGCUAUUAUUUAAAAAAGAAAA